AUGCAGCUGUUCACAGGCAUUCUCCGCGUUGUUCAACUUCUCUUUGCAGUAAUCGUCCUCGGUCUAUCUAUCACUCUCGCCAAGGGUCAACACGACGGUGUUCUCCCACCCGCAACAGGUUACGCUGCCUUUACAGGCGCGCUUGGAAUUGUUGCUUCUCUCAUCGGGUUUGCGGCUCUGUUCAUCGAUAGCCUCGAUGGAGUCAUCACUUGGCUCAUAGAUGGAGUAACCAGUCUUGCACUGCUUGCCGGUGGCAUCACUUACGCCGUUCUGCUACGCGGUACUAGCUGCUCCAACUGGCAGACUUUGCAGGACAAUGUCUUGCUCAGCGGGGGCUGCGCGGCAGCUUUUGAUGACUCGUUCAAGGCCUGCUAUUAUGCGGGCUAUCAUUUGUACUCGGAACUGGAGGGUCGGUGCAAGUCUGCUACUGCGGAUGCGGCCUUUAUGAUCUUGGGUUUCCUUAUCUGUGUGGCGGUUCUGAUUGUUUCUUUCGUGUCGGGUCGUUACCGCCGCUGA